CAGAAAAUACAUUUAAUUGUAUCUGAGCUAAAAUAGGCUUCAAAAUGAAUUGAAUAUACACAUAAACUGCUUCAAGAAUCUAGCUUUAUUUGAAAAGAUAGCAAUUUUAUUGAAGCCCAUUCUCUUUUUCAUCCAUUUCAGCUUCUGGGGACUUCAUUUAUGUGAUCGUUGGUGGUUGAGAUUGAAGAAUUGGUGAAUGGGGUUAAUGCAGUUCAGUAGUUAUCUAAAUUUCAUGUGUAAAUUGAUCUAUGGUAUAUGGAGAUGUUUGGUCAGGUUCCUGAGGUUCAGGAUUAUAAGCCUGAAGCUUUGCAGGACUGUAACACACAGGGUAGAGUUUUCUGUACAGUCAUUUACAAUGUCAAUUUUAACGAAGUUACGCUGCAUCACACUUGAUGUUACCGGUACACUGAUUGCUUACAAAGGAGAGUUGGGUGACUAUUAUUGCAUGGCUGCCAAAGCUGCUGGGCAGCAAUGUCCUGACUAUAAGCGGGUUCAUGAAGGUUUUAAACUAGCAUAUACAGAAAUGGCAAAGAAGCAUUCAUGUUUUGGAUUUGCUGAAAAGAUUCCUAACAUUGUUUGGUGGAAGACUUGUGUCAGGAAUUCCUUUGUUCAGGCAGGUUAUGAAUAUGAUGAUGAGACAUUUGAGAAGAUAUUUAGACGCAUAUAUGCAACUUUUGGUUCUUCUGCACCUUACAACAUAUUUCCUGAUGCUAUACCGUUCCUCAGAUGGCUCCGCGAGAGGGGCGUUACAGUUGGGUUGGUCAGCAAUGCUGAGUAUCGAUAUCAGGAUGUGAUUCUUCCUGCAUUAGGCUUGAAUCAGGGAUCUGAGUGGGAUUUCGGCGUAUUUUCCGGUCUUGAAGGGGUUGAAAAACCAGAUCCAAGGAUAUAUGAGAUUGCCUUGAAGAAAGCAGGAAAUGUAGCUCCAGAAGAAGUACUUCACAUUGGAGAUAGCUUGAGGAAAGACUACUUACCUGCUAGAAGUGUUGGGAUGCAUGCUUUGUUGUUGGACAGGUUCAAGACUGCUGAUGCUGUCGAUUGGAGGAAAUCUGGUGUCACUGUGCUGCCUGACCUGAUCGCUACCAAAGAAUGGCUUACCUCUGAAAAUUCGAAAUGCAUUGACCUGUAAAAGUCCCGUUUGAUUAUUUUCUUGCCUAUAAUGGUAGGUAGAUUUGUAUUACAAGAAUGGUUAUGAGUUUUAUGAAUGUGAUGAAGAAACAUUUAGUUCGAUAUGCCAGAUGCUGUUGUAUCUGCAUAAUAUUAGAAUGACAAGAAGAAAUAACUAUACUCAUCAUGAUUUCAAUUACACCAAAAGUUGCAUA